AUGGCUCGCCUGGGCGGGGCUGCAGAGGCUGUGAGGACCUGGGUCAGCCAGGUUGUGCUGCAUCAUGGCCUAUGCCCUUGGGCACAGUUGGCGGAGCAAAGCAAGGUAGUCACAUACCUGACAUGUGAGGCGACCACUCCGGCGGCUGUGGGCACAGCGGUGCGCGCGGAGGCGGCACGCCUGGUCAGCCGGAGAGUUCCAUGGGCCACUUCGCUGGUCGUUUGCCCGCAUGUGGUGCCAUGGCAAGAAGACUUCCGCGUAUUUGAUGAUUGGGUGGCCAGAAGUAACCAUUUAGACGACCUGGAGGACUUGGUGUCCCUGGUGGCUUUCCAUCCUCGCUUUGCUCGCUGGCAUGCGCUGGAUCCUUCCGUCACUGAGGGCACCCAGGUGACCUCCCACUACGAGGAGGUGGAUGGAGAGAAGAGCAAGAGGGCCCUGCCAGCCGUGGUCGAGUGCCUGGACCCCAAGCAGGUGGGAGUUCGACGCAUCGGCAUCCGCUUCAUAGAUGAUGGUGUGCUGCAGUGGGUGCCAAUGGACUGGCUGUCGCCAUCCUGGAAAGCUGCGGAGCUCCUGGCUGACAACCAGAUGCAUCAGGCUCCAUUUCCGACGGUCCACCUUAUUCGCCGCAAGGACCUGGCUUCUGUUCGAUGCAGCAAAGACGGCUACGAGGUCGUUGCCUCUAUACAGGCACGUAACAGCCAGCACCUCUCGAAGCUCCGAAGCAACGACCUGGUGGAAACAAAAAGGAAAGUAGUUGCAGAUGCAAUCCUCCCAGUGCUGUUGACGUGGAUCUUGCGCGAUAUGCUCUCUGGCGGCCAGGAAUGA